AUGUCGCCGUCCAUCACUCAUCCAUCAAGCCCGCAAAGCGCCGAUGUCGCUGAGAUCCCCAUAAUCGACCUGUCUAAGCUUCGAAGUCCGCACUUGGAAGAUCGCCAGAAGCUCGCAGGACAGAUCUACGAUGCCUGCACUAAUAUCGGAUUUUUCUAUAUCAAGAACCAUGGAAUCCCCGAGGAGCUCAUAACGGAAGCUCAGUCAGUGGCUCGUCGCUUUUACUCUCUCCCGGACGACCAGAAAAUGACCUACUAUCUGGGAAAAUCCAAGAAAUUUCGAGGCUACAUGCCUCUCUACUCUGAAAACUCCACCGGCUCCAAAGGAGAAGAUCCCACCGAGCAUAACACAAUGGGCACUCUGUCCGAGUCCUUCGACAUCGGAUAUGAGAUCGCAGGGGACGCGCAACGAACCGUGGAUGACGUUCUGCCUCCGGACCCUUUCAGUCUCUACGGCGACAAUCAAUGGCCUAGCGAUGAGCUCGUCCCUGGGUUGCGCGAAACAUAUCUCCGUUAUUUUUCGCAGGUGCUGGACCUGGGGCGGCGGUUAAUGCGGAUCUUUGCGCUGGCGUUGGAUCUGGAGGAGGGAUUUUUCGACGACAAGAUGAAGUAUCCGGGCGCUUCUGUGAGGAUGAUGCAUUAUCCGCCGCAGCCAGUGGAGGGCGAAACUGCCGAAGGGCUUGGGGCCCAUACGGACUAUGAAUGUUUCACGAUCCUCGCUCAGGAUCAAGUCCCGGCUCUGCAGAUUCACAGUAAUACCCGCCAGGAAUGGAUCCUGGCACCCCCGAUUCCCGGCACCCUGGUGGUGAAUAUAGGAGAUUGCUUAUCCGUCUGGACCAAUAAGAAGUUCAAAUCGACUAUGCAUCGCGUAGUGAAUCUGACCGGCCAGGAGCGACACACGAUUCCAUUCUUCUUCGGCGUGGAUUAUGAUGCUACGGUGUCUGUGCUGCCGAACUGUAUCUCGGAGGAGAGGCCUGCGUGCAGCGAGCCAUUCAAGGCGGGCGCGCAUGUGCGUCAAAUGUUAGGAAAGGCAUAUGUUGGAUAUAGUGGGUAG